GGCGCACAUGAAAAUCUAGCAUUGCGACUCACAACGAUUGAAGUGAGGGUGUGUAGUGCUCUUCAUUUUCUCUAUAUCUGCGACAGUAGAGAAUAAUUUCACUAAUUUUCAAGACGUAUCAUUCAAUACGGGCUUGAAGAAAAAAAAACUAUUUAAUCGUCACUUGCAACUAAAACAACAACGAAAAUGUCCACGAAAUUUGUUGGGCAUUAAAAUAACCGAUUAAUCAAUUAAAUCAGAGGAAUUUCAGUAACUUAAUUGUCGAAUAAUCGAGAUCAACUCGUAAAAAUAGUUGUGAAUGGAGGCAACGGUGGGUGAUAACAGUGUGUACGAGUGGCACGAUUGAUCUAAUCAACUUUCACCUAUUUAACGAAUAUUGUUGACGACGAGGUAUCAUUGACCGUGGAUACUCUGAAUUGUUAACUAAUUAUCCACAAACAAACGUGCUCAACAGCCCUUCUUAACCCUCACCCAAUAGCUAUGGUGCAUCACCUGAUCUUCCACACGACUCCACAUCUUCAAGCCAUAGUGAUUCUCUUAUCAUUGAUAGAUUAGUGUACGAAGAUUGGAGAAGGGUAGGAGCCAUUGGUUAACAAACAGCGUGGGAUGUUUGCAGAAAAUAGUUAAAGAGCAAUGUGUGGGGAGGCGUUAUAAAGGCCAAACUUGCAUCAUUUUCAUUCACAAGUUGCGCAAAGUGGGAGGGGAUAUCUUCAGAGUAACAAAAUCCUUACGUCUAGCGUACUUGUCCCCUUAUAUAAAGAGAUUUAUCGGGGGUGAUACGGUGGAAUCGUGUCCUGAUCGUCGAGUUGACAUCAAGUCAACGGGGGUGAUAGCCCGCGAGGUCGAGGCCGGUCAAUCCUGCAAGUUGCGAGAGGGUGGGGGUGGGAGGGGGUGGAGGAGAGACUGUUUUAUUUAAAAUUCAUCAACUGGGGACCCCGUUCACGGGGGUUUAAUCAUUCGCCACGGCCGAUGUCAGGAUGCCCGAACAAAGCAACGACUAUAGAGUCGUCGUUUUUGGGGCUGGGGGUGUGGGAAAGAGUUCAUUAGUACUGAGAUUCGUUAAAGGAACUUUUCGAGAAUCGUAUAUUCCAACUAUUGAAGAUACCUAUCGACAGGUGAUUAGCUGUAAUAAGAACAUUUGCACGCUUCAAAUUACGGAUACAACGGGGUCCCAUCAGUUCCCUGCAAUGCAACGUCUUUCGAUAAGCAAAGGUCACGCUUUCAUCCUGGUAUAUUCAGUAUGCUCACGACAGAGCCUCGAGGAGCUUAAACCAAUAUGGACAGUGAUACGUGAAUUAAAAGGCCAGGAUAUCUCACAAAUACCGAUAAUGCUGGUCGGCAACAAGUGUGAUGAGGAAACGUUGCGAGAAGUGCUAACGAGUGAGGGUAAAACUGAGGCUGAUCGCUGGGGAUGUGGCUUCCUCGAGACAUCGGCAAAGACAAAUCACAAUGUUAACGAACUCUUUCGUGAUUUGUUGACACUCGAGAAAAAUCGUGCGGUAUCAUUGCAACCGGUUACAAGCAACAGUGCGAUAAGCCUUAAGGAGAAAUGUGCCGUUAUGUAAAUUUUAAUAUUUCAAUUAGAGUAUAAAUUAUUUAAUUGAUAUAAUUCCUAAGUUAUUGAGGUAAGAAGGUAUUAAUUGAUUAAUAAAUUUAUGAAUUGAGAAGCUGACGCUUUGCCCACGAUCUCUCGUCCUUGUCAACGUCAGCGUGGAGAUAUUCACUCGAUUUUAAGAGAUAAUAAUAAAUUAUAAACAUGAUAACAAUAAUAAUGAUAAUAAGAUGAGUAAUAUUAUCGAGUAACAAUAGGGAGUAAUGAAACGACGAUUUAUCAUUGUAUUCAUCACAUGGUAGAUUUACUUUCAUUAGAAAUAUCAUUACAUACAGAAAUUAUGAUUUUUAAAUGACCAUAUUGGCUCCAAUUGCAAUUAAAAAAUUGAUUAUUAGUGUUAAGAAUUUCUACUUGAUGAUAUGAUUUUUCUUUUACUGCGGAAAAUUUUGUUACUCGAAAAAAAAUCAUCAUGACACAAAAAAAAUAGUUUAAGUCCAUGGAUACAAAGAAUAGGGAUUAAAUACGUACUGCAAAUUUGUGUGCCUAUAUCUGUAUUAACAAUUGACUGGGCUAGUAAACACAACAUGCUGCAUUACUCGAUUAAAGUUCGAUCAUAAUUCACAAAUUGCGAGAUGGAAGUUACAAUUUUUUACGCUUUUAAACGAUUAAAAUUUUUUCUGCAUGAGUGUAAAAAAUAUAAAUGAGAACUAUAUUCCGGUCAAAGUUGAAUUAAAUGUUGCUGGGGACGAGGUGUCGUUGACGGUGCGUUGGUGAAAUUAUUUGGAUGAAAAGAUCAAUGAAAAAUAGUUACAGUUACAGAUAUUAUUAUGCAUGUUAGGUCACUUGACAUCUCUUUCAUCUGAAGUUGAUCGAUUUAGUAUUGUUCGGUAAAUUGUCAACGACAUUUGUCUUUUUAAAUUAGUUUUUUAAAUCCUCCUGAGGUGCGUUCAGGAGAUGAGAUUUUUUAAAGGGUAAUUAGAGGAAUUCGACGUAUUGUACUGGAAAUAAAUUAUUUAUCGUUGGAUAUUUUGGGAUGAUAAUAUUUUCGCUCUAGUUCAUCGGUUCAUGAGAGGUGCAAUGUUUGUUAAAUAAUUAUAUGACGUUGAGGAUAUUCAGGAAUUAUUAAAUUUGUUUUGACGAAUCUUAUUGGGAAAAAAUGGUCAAAAUACUUGAAUAUCCUCAACAUUCUGACUAUUAUCAACGAUUAGCUUCAGUUCGAUACGUACUAAUGAUACUAAUGAUGACAUUAGCGAUUUUGUUGGAUAGAUUUUUGACAAUUUUAACGCACAAAUGUAAUAAGUUGCAUAAAGUUUCACUGUUUUCCCUGUGUUGAUCUUUGUUUGCAUUAUCGCAGAAUAAUUUUGUCGAAGAAUUCGUCUGACAAAAUGAUUGAAAUCCAGUUGAUAGUAAAAAUAAUGGAAAAACUUAAUAAAAAUUGGAUUAACGAAGCAACAAGACAAAUGUACGACGAGUACUCACGAGGAUGUGCAUAUUACACGUAAGAAUUGUUACGAAAAAUUGGUUUUUGUUGAAUAGUUGUAAGAUUUUUCUAAUAAAUGGUACUAGAAGGGAUUAUCGUCAGUCUAGGUAAAGGAAAAAAAAUUUUAUGAGACCAUCCAAAAGCAAUUUAUCCAUUAAAAUGCCAUUGGAUAAUAAAUUAGAAUAUAUCGAGAUUCUCGAGCAAUGGACAUUACUGUGGCCUGUCAUACACAAGAAUAAAAAAUUGAAGAUAAUUACCGUAAACUAUCAAAUUAUUUUUUAAUCAGUUUCGGAUUUUUAAGAGAUAGUUUAUUAGUCAAUGCUAAAGACUCAUUCGUCAGGCUCUUUCUCGCUUCAUAUUUCGGAAAAUAUUUAGGUGGUGGAGACAUGGACUUGAGACAGUCCAGAGUCUUUAUACACAUAAAUAAAUUAAUUACUAUUAAUUAACAGAUUCAACUAUAUCAGUCUGACCAGCUCCACAAUAACGAGAAUUUUCUCCUCUGUGAGUUCCGUUUCACCGAGAGACGCAUUUUUUUAUACAAUUCUAUCAGAUUCAUUUAUGUAGUUGUACGAAGCAAUUGAAUAUAAAUUCAAUAUUCACGUUGAUAGACUGUCAAUAGUAACUGGGGAGAUACAGACAUCCACACUCACAGGUCAAACAAUCAAAGUAAAUACUAAUUUCAUUCCACAUGAAAAAAAAAUGAAAAUACCAUAAUGAACAUAAACAAAAUAAAAAACAGGAAGAUGUAUUGAGGUGAAAUUACCAGGAAUGAGUUGAGUAGUUAAUUAAAAACUAUACAAUCACAAAUAUCUGUCACCGACGAUCAAUAUUUUUCAUUCCGACUUAAUCCAGUCGAUUUAAAUUCGUAAAAAAAUAUUUUCUAAUUAACAAAGAGUAGAUAUUCCUGUUUUUAACGUUUGGGGGCUUGAAAGAGUCUGUUAACAGAAUAAUUUCAAUUGCAAAGUUGGCGAAUGACGAAGGACGAUACCGUACGACAUAUCGAAUUAGAAACGAAUGAUAAUGUGAAUAUUAAAUUGAAUGCACAAAUCUAGUGGCUUCAGCCACAGUUGCUGACGAUGGUUUUGAGACCGCUAACGAAAUAAUUAUCCAUGUUAUUGAUUAACACUAAUUUUAUGGGUUGAAUGUUCGAAUGAAUAAUUAAUUUUGUAAAGUGUGGAACAAAGAAAGCUCUAAUUUGUAAUUAAUUAGCUGAAAAACCGAGGGCAAUGUCUCCUCAUAUUUCAUAAGUUGUAAUUCAAAAUUUACAAUUAGUUUCAUACAAAUAUAAUUAUUUAUAAGUUAAGUUACAACUAAUUAAUGAGUAAUUAUAGAAUCGUUUCGUGAGACAACAGGGAUAGCUAAUCAUUUUUUAUGCGAAUUACUUUUUAUUAGGGCGAUUAACCAGUAAAUUAAUAGGUUUACCACUUUACUACCGAAUUUAUGUAUUUAUUCAUAAAAAAUAAAUGAAUAAUUUGAGAUGGA